AUGCCGGACGAUAUGAUGUCCAAGAGGACGACAUCUACAAGCGAGGAGAGGCAACGACGUGCCUCCGCCCGCCGCCGCCGCCCGCGCCAGGCUGCGGCUCCUGUGCGCGCGGCUCGUGCGGGAGGCGCAGCGCAAGGGCGUCGCGGCGGCCGAGCUGAGCGGCCGGUGCCGCGGCGGGGGGCGGCGGGCGCGCGGAGUGCCAGGGGCGCCGCGGGGCGGCGGCGGCGCCUGGCCCUCGCGCUGGCCGCCGCCGCCGCCGCCGCCCUCGUGGCCGCGGCGCCGCUGCAGCGCCUGCGCGGCGACCUGGUGGCGUCGCGGUGUCUGGUGCGCAACAACUACUUCGUGAUGGAGGCGACGCGGCUGCGCACGGACUGCGGGCGCGUGUGCGCGGGCGUGCGCGCGGCGGGCGAGCUGGGCGCCAACGUGUCGCGGGCGGCCUUCGCGGCGUGGGCGUACCGCGCGCGGCCGCUGGUGGUGCGCGGCGCGGCGGCGCGCUGGCCCGCCCUCGCGCGCUUCUCGCCCGCCUUCUUCAGGAGCGCCUACGACAGCGUGGCCGGCGCCUACGAGGCCGUGGCCGACGAGUGCCAGUUCCUGCCCUUCCGCUGCGAGUUCCAGGGCCUGCGCGACGCCCUGGCCAUGCACCCCGCGCGCGCCGCCCGCGCCCCCGGCACGCGCCCCUGGUACUUCGGAUGGAGUAACUGCUCCCCCGGGGUGAGUGCCAUCCUGAGGCAGCUGGCACCCCGGCCGCCCUUCCUGCCCGCCGCCUCGGAGUCGUCGGCCCUGGAUUGGGUCUUCAUGGGCGGAGGCGGAGCUGGGGCGGCUUGGCACCUGGACUACGUGCAGAGGCCUUCGUGGCAGGCGCAGAUCAGCGGCACCAAGAGCUGGCACUUCCGGCCCGUCCCCGAGUGCCAGGACGUGUGCCACUCCUUCAGCGUGACCGUCAAUAAGGGCGACAUAAGUGAGCAGUUUGUUGUUGUUUUCACCCAAACCAUUAAGGGUUUAGUGUGUAUUCGCAACAGAGCCUGUGCCUGAAUCGAGUUCCUAGAAGGGGA